CACAAUUCCUGAUUCUGGCGUCCAAGCCGCUCCCGCCCGGCGGCGCGCCCCGCCGGACGUCUGGGCCUGGCGGUGCCCCCGACCGUCCAGGCAGAACAGAACCGGAAGAGGCCAUGCAUGCACAGUGCUGGGCACAGAGGCAGCCAUCAAUAAAUGGGAGUCGUUGCUCCGGCUAUUGUAAUCUGUCGGUUCAUUCUACAGGCUUCCCUGGCUCGGGGUGAACUGCACAGACGGCUCUCAGCCCUCGUCCCCACCCCUAGAAGACAGCGGAACUGAGAAAAGAAGAGGCCUGUGGACAGAAAAGUCAUGUCGGACUCCCUGGUGGUGUGCGAGGUGGACCCAGAGCUAAAGGAAAAGCUGAGGAAAUUCCGCUUUCGAAAAGAGACAGAUAAUGCAGCCAUAAUAAUGAAGGUGGACAAAGACCGGCAGAUGGUGGUGCUGGAGGAAGAAUUUCAGAACAUUUCUCCAGAGGAACUAAAAAUGGAGUUGCCAGAAAGACAGCCAAGGUUCGUGGUUUACAGCUACAAGUAUGUGCACGAAGAUGGCCGAGUAUCCUACCCCUUGUGUUUCAUCUUCUCCAGCCCUGUGGGCUGCAAGCCCGAACAACAGAUGAUGUAUGCAGGGAGUAAAAACAGACUGGUGCAGACUGCAGAGCUCACAAAGGUGUUUGAAAUCCGCACCACUGAUGACCUCACCGAGGCCUGGCUCCAGGAGAAGUUGUCUUUCUUUCGUUGACCUCUGGGUUGGGGGUCUGAAUUCCUGAUGUCUGAGUCCCCAAAGAAACUGGGGACUCAGACUCCUAGGACCUGAACAUCUGAGACCCCGAAGAAAUUAAACUGCAAGAACUCAGAGAUCCUCCA